GGAAACGUGAGAAUGAAAGUGGAUGCCCGCGAAUCCCGGAAGUCAGACAGUUCUUUCAGUUCCUUGGAGGCUUUUUGAUGCCGAUUCGCGUACACCUGUUGUUUGAAAGCUCUCAGCGGGACAAUGCUGACCUGGCUGAAAGCAAAAUCAGAGGGGAAGCUUGCGAAACAGAUUUGCAAAGUUGUGUUGGAUCAUUUUGAAAAACAGUAUUCCAAAGAACUCGGAGAUGCCUGGAAUACAGUAAGUGAUGCACUAGCAAAUUUGCAGGUCACUGACCUUAUAUGUCUCCAGUUCUGCUGGCUACUGAGGUACUUGCACUUCUCACCUGGAAGACCAGUAAAUGGAGCAGCUUCAGACUGUGAAUCUUGGGAGAAGGCCUGGAAUGUGGCUCCUAGCCGCUGUUUUCUAGAGUCAUCUAACGUACAUUCCCUCUACUGCCUGCUAAGCUGCUUGCCCAUUCAUCAAAGCUUUGGAUUCGGAAGGCACUUUCCCUCCAGCCCCAGGGAGAUACUAACAUCUCCAUCAUGCUGGCAAUAUGCUGUCCUGCUUAACCGAUUCAAUUAUCCUUUUGAACUGGAAAAGGAUUUACAUUUGAAGGGCUAUCACACACUCUUUCAGGGAUCUUUACCCAACUAUCCUAAAUCAAUGAAGUGUUACCUUAGCAGAACUCCAGGCCGAAUCCCUUCAGAAAGACACCAAAUUGGAAACCUGAAAAAAUAUUAUCUCCUAAAUGCUGCUUCUCUUCUCCCAGUAUUGGCUCUGGAAUUAAGGGAUGGGGAGAAGGUUCUGGAUCUGUGUGCUGCUCCUGGAGGCAAAUCAAUAGCUCUGCUGCAGUGUGCUUGUCCAGGUUAUCUUCAUUGUAAUGAAUAUGAUAGUCUGAGAUUGAUGUGGCUGAGGCAGACAUUAGAAUCUUUCAUCCCACAGCCUUUGACAAAUGUAAUUAAAGUGUCUGAAUUGGAUGGCAGAAAAAUGGGAGAUGCCCAGCCUGAAAUGUUUGACAAGGUGUUAGUGGAUGCUCCGUGUUCAAAUGAUCGAAGCUGGUUGUUUUCUUCUGACUCUCAGAAGGCAUCCUGUAGGAUAAGUCAAAGGAGGAAUUUGCCUCUUCUACAGAUAGAGCUCUUAAGGUCUGCAAUUAAGGCCUUACGUCCUGGAGGGAUACUUGUAUACUCUACAUGCACGCUUUCCAAGGCAGAAAAUCAAGAUGUGAUCAGUGAAAUUUUAAACUCCCACAGUAACAUCAUGCCUGUGGACAUUAAAGGAAUAGCAAGGACUUGCUCCCACGACUUCACAUUUGCUCCCACUGGCCAGGAAUGUGGGCUCUUAGUGAUUCCAGAUAAGGGCAAAGCCUGGGGCCCAAUGUAUGUAGCCAAAUUGAAGAAAUCAUGGAGCACAGGAAAAUGGUGACAUGAAUUUGUAAACUGUGUUUAUGUGUUAUUAUAUUUAUAUUUCUGAACUCAGUACAUGUUAAUAUGUAAAUAAUUACGCAGUAACUUUCUCUGGGUCUGUUUGGAAUCCUAUUUAGUUAAUACUUUAGCAUCUUAGAAUCUAGGCUUGAGAAUUGUUCAGGUGUAUUUUUUUCCUAGAAAUAUAUCUGUAACAAUGAUUUAAGGUGGUGCAGAUGGUGUUUGUUCUAUAUUAUAAAUCUGCUGUCUUUGCUUGGCAUUUUAUAGUUAAAUUAAUCAGAAUAUGUGGUUUUAUGCAUAACGUGUUUAGAUCUGUAUUCUACCUAUGAUAGUGCUUUGAACCUUCAAAAAUUCACAUUUUCCAGUGCUCUGACCAUUUUCCCCCUUAUCAAAUAUACAGAUUUGUUCAAGGUUUUUUUUCCCCCCCACUUUUGUAACUGAUUGUCUCAGAACUGAUUGGUAUUCUGAGACUAACUUUUUAAGCAGCACUAUUUCUAGUUCUAGCAAAAUAGGUUUUUUGUUUGCGACAUUGUUUUCUGUUAAAGACUAUCUUAUGUUUACUGCAAAGGUCAGUGACUCUGUUGACACCAGCUUUAUUUCCCCCACUUUUUUUUGCAUUCACAAAUACAAAUUGAAAGGGUAAAUUAUAUUGAAAGGCCUUUAGGACAGCAGAUUCACAUGCACAUGUUUGACUUUCGACAUUCAGCUUAUACAAUUAUGGAGUCUAUCCAGCAGGCUAUAAAGCAAGUACUUAAGACAAAACCGGAAUGAUUAAUGACUGCAAUCACUGAACUAUAUUUGGAGAGUUUUGUUACCUAAUUGCAGUCAUAAUGAGUACUACAGAAUCUGAUUAUCUUACAUUCACAAUCUGGAGGGGCUUUUUAUUUCACUUUGUUAUAAAAUGUUCUCUGAGAAUAUGAUGCCACAUAUUAAUGCACAAGAGGGAGAUGCCUAAUGAGAGUGGACUAUGUGAUUACCAGAACCUAGUGCCAUUUACUAAGUGGCUCUCCAUGUUUACAUAAAUCCUGGGAAUACUGUAUACAUUUCUUUAUACAUACUUAGGGUUUUAGCUUCAGUUAGCAUCACACAUUUUCUCCAGAAAUUACUUCACUUAGAGUACAAACAUAUUUUUCCAACUAUUAAGAAAAAUUAUGCAGCACAUCUCAAAAGAUAGCAUCUCUUUGGAAACUAGCCUUUUAAAAAAAAAACAACUUUAUCUGAUUAUAGAAAUACAAAAUUCUGCUAAAGCUGAAUACUUUUGAAUAGUUCAUUAUGUUCUGUGCCUUUAAACUAGAGACUAUUUGCUUAUUAAUAUUUUUUGUUUUGCAAGCAUAUGUAACCGGGUUUAUAUCAUCAGUAAGUCUUAGGAAGAAUUUUUUUUUCUGUACCUUCAGUCUGUUAAUGAUUUCUUUUCCUUUAUGUCCAACUGAUAAGUUUAAAGUAAAGCUAAAGUCUGGGCACGGUGGCUUACACCUGUAAUCCCAGCGCUUUGUCAGGCCGAGGCAGGGGGGAUCUCCUGAGGUCAGAAGUUCGAGACUAGCCUGCCCAACAUGGUAAAACCC